UGCCGCCCAGCCGCAGCGAUGAAUUCCGCCGAGCAGACCGUUACGUGGCUCAUCACCCUGGGGGUGCUCGAGUCGCCCAAGAAAACCAUCUCGGACCCGGAGGGCUUUCUGCAGGCGUCGCUGAAGGAUGGGGUGGUGCUCUGCAGGCUGCUGGAGCGCCUGCUGCCCGGGACCAUCGAGAAAGUCUAUCCGGAGCCCCGGAGCGAGAGCGAGUGCCUGAGCAACAUCCGCGAGUUCCUGCGCGGCUGCGGGGCGUCCCUGCGGCUGGAGACUUUUGAUGCAAAUGAUUUGUACCAGGGGCAGAAUUUUAACAAGGUCCUCAGUUCCUUAGUGACUCUAAAUAAAGUGACAGCAGACAUUGGACUGGGAAGUGAUUCUGUAUGUGCUCGGCCCUCAUCUCAUCGAAUAAAGUCUUUUGACUCCCUGGGAUCACAGCCUUUACACAGUCGGACUUCAAAAUUGUUCCAGGGCCAGUAUCGAAGUUUGGACAUGACGGAUCACAGCAACAAUCAACUGGUAGUGAGAGCGAAGUUUAACUUCCAGCAGACCAAUGAGGACGAGCUCUCCUUCGCAAAGGGGGACGUCAUUCAUGUCACCCGUGUGGAGGAGGGAGGCUGGUGGGAGGGCACACAUGGUGGCCGGACAGGCUGGUUCCCCAGCAACUACGUGCGUGAGAUCAAGGCCAGCGAAAAGCCUGUGUCUCCCAAAUCAGGGACGUUGAAGAGUCCUCCCAAAGGAUUUGAUACGACUGCCAUUAACAAAAGCUAUUAUAAUGUGGUGCUACAGAAUAUUUUAGAAACAGAAAAUGAAUAUUCUAAAGAACUUCAGACUGUGCUUUCAACCUAUCUGCGGCCAUUGCAGACCAGUGAGAAGUUAAGUUCAGCAAACACUUCAUAUUUAAUGGGAAAUCUAGAAGAAAUAUGUUCUUUCCAGCAAAUGCUCGUACAGUCCUUAGAAGAAUGCACCAAGUUGCCUGAAGCUCAGCAGAGGGUUGGAGGCUGCUUUUUAAACCUGAUGCCACAGAUGAAAACCCUGUACCUCGCGUAUUGUGCCAAUCACCCAUCUGCAGUGAAUGUCCUCACGGAGCACAGUGAGGAGCUGGGAGAGUUCAUGGAGGCGAGAGGUGCCAGCAGCCCCGGGAUCCUCGUGCUGACCACAGGCCUCAGCAAGCCCUUCAUGCGCCUGGACAAGUACCCCACGCUGCUCAAGGAGCUCGAGAGACACAUGGAGGAUUAUCAUACCGAUAGACAAGAUAUUCAAAAAUCUAUGACUGCCUUCAAAAAUCUUUCAGCCCAGUGUCAAGAAGUCCGGAAAAGGAAAGAGCUUGAGCUGCAGAUCUUGACAGAAGCCAUCCGGAGCUGGGAGGGAGAUGACAUUAAAACCUUGGGCAGCGUCAUUUACAUGUCCCAGGUCCUGAUCCAGUGUGCGGGAAGCGAGGAAAAGAAUGAAAGAUACCUUCUACUCUUCCCCAAUAUUUUGCUAAUGUUGUCUGCCAGUCCUAGGAUGAGUGGUUUUAUCUAUCAGGGAAAGCUACCAACGACAGGAAUGACAAUCACAAAGCUUGAGGACAGUGAAAAUCAUAGAAAUGCAUUUGAAAUAUCAGGGAGCAUGAUCGAGCGGAUAUUAGUGUCAUGCAACAAUCAGCAGGAUCUGCAUGAGUGGGUGGACCACUUGCAGAAGCAGACAAAAGUCACAUCUGUCGGAAACCCCACCGUGAAGCCUCACUCUGUGCCCUCCCACACUCUCCCCUCCCACCCGGUCACUCCGUCCAGCAAGCACGCGGACAGCAAGCCUGUACCACUGGCGCCCACCUACCACACGCUCCCCCACCCCUCCCACCAUGGCACCCCACACACCACCAUCAACUGGGGACCCCUGGAGCCUCCGAAAACUCCCAAGCCUUGGAGCCUGAGCUGCCUGCGGCCUGCACCUCCCCUCCGGCCCUCCGCUGCCCUCUGCUACAAGGAGGAUCUUAGUAAGAGUCCCAAGACCAUGAAAAAGCUGCUGCCUAAGCGCAAGCCUGAACGGAAGCCUUCGGACGAGGAGUUUGCCUUGCGGAAAAGCACGGCUGCUUUGGAAGAAGAUGCUCAGAUUCUGAAAGUCAUUGAAGCUUACUGUACAAGCGCGAAAACACGGCAAACCCUCAAUUCAACAUGGCAAGGCACUGACCUGAUGCAUAAUCACGUCUUGGCUGACGACGACCAAUCAAGUCUAGACUCCUUGGGUCGUCGCAGUAGCCUUUCUCGUUUGGAGCCUUCAGACCUCUCGGAAGACUCUGACUAUGACAGUAUAUGGACAGCCCAUAGUUACAGAAUGGGUUCUGCAUCUCGUUCACGCAAAGAAUCUGCUCCACAAGUUUUGCUUCCAGAAGAAGAGAAGAUUAUAGUUGAAGAAACUAAAAGUAAUGGCCAGACUGUGAUAGAAGAAAAGAGUCUUGUUGAUACUGUAUAUGCAUUAAAGGAUGAAGUCCAAGAAUUAAGACAGGAUAACAAAAAGAUGAAGAAAUCUUUAGAGGAAGAGCAGAGAGCCCGCAAAGACCUGGAAAAGCUGGUGAGGAAAGUUCUGAAGAACAUGAAUGAUCCUGCUUGGGAUGAGACGAAUCUGUAAGGACAUCCCUCAUUCUUUCUGUCGAAGACCAGCUCCAAGAUCAAGCCGGGAACUCCUGAGCCAAGCCAGGUGCCAUUCAGGACUGCAGGGCAGAGCUGGACACAAAGGCAUCUGCUCUCUGUGCAUAGGAAAGCUGGGGCCCGACACAGAGAGAGUUGAACGGUCAGACCAUUACUGACGAAUCCAGACAGGAGACGCAUACGCUGAGGACCUGAGCUGUGUUAAUCUCACUUCUGCUACCAUCUCAGUUACCUCAUUUUGCAAUAAGUUCAGUGACUGACUAAAAGUCCUGGUUUUCCAGACUUUCAAUUGAAUAUAUAAAUAUUAUAUAUACAUGUUUUUUGUAAAUAUUCCAUUUUGGAUGCAUACCCAAGGUCGUUGUGUCUGGGCUAAUCCCCAUGCUGGAAUUCCCUUUCCACUAACCCUUGCCACCAUGUGAAUUAGAAGCCCUGUCCACGUACCCAUCAAAAGCAGAGGUGUGGGGAAGUGUCCGGUAGAUGCCCGGUUGGUUCUGCACCACCAUGCUCUCUACAGUGCUAUAAAAAUACUUCCCACUCCAGUAUGUCUAAAUAAUUUAACCUUAUUUAUAUUGCAAAGAUGCUUCCAUCCCAUUCAAAAGUCUUCUCGUAAAGCAGUAUUACAGUCCCAGACCCACCAGGCUCCGAGGGCAGCACGCUGGCUGGCCGAGACUCAGCCCUGAAAUUGGGGGAAUCUCCUGCACUGCCCCGUGUCCACCCAGAAGAUGCCUGCUCUCACCUGCCGUGUCUAAGUACCACGGCUGUCAGAGUGUGCUCACUGCAUUUUGGGAGAUCACCCAGACUUUUCUAUAUAGGCUAGUUCAGUAAUGUGACAAAAUGCACUGUUUCUCCCUCCCCCCCACCUUCCACAAAGAGAGAUCUUAACUAGAACCUGUAAAUAAAAUGUGUUAUUUAUUAUAUCUCACUGCAGCUGAUGACAGCAGACGGAGGUGAUGCUGUGACGCUGAUACUGGCGGGUAGGGUUUCCCUGUCAGGCGGCGUCAACCCUGAGGUCUGCUUUGCCAUCAGGUGCAGCCAGCGUGGCUCAGUGCUCACUAAAAAUAAACUUUCCCUCUUUCAGCAAGAAUAAAGCAAUAUACAUCUUGAGUUCGACUAAGUAAUGAAAGCUUAAUUGUGGGAACAUUUCCCCCACUGUGUCCAAACGCAAAAGAGACGAGGAAGGAAGCCUUUCUGCGGCCCGGCUUCUGGGGCUGGUCUCUUUCGGGCCCUGCUGGCUCUGGAGAGUCUGAGCAGCCCUGGAUGGGAACCGCGGCCCAUGGGCCCAGGUUUUUGUUCUUCCGCAAUAAAUAAUGGUGACCACAGGCACUUUCCUUUGCUUCCCUUCCUCUGAAGAGGAUGAUUUUAAAGUGAGAUAAACUGUUUCAUAGAACAAGUGUUACAUAUUUUAAAACCAAAAUCGCAACACCGUGCAUUUACAGAGGUCUGAGAACAACUCACUUGGCAUCAGAUGUGACUUUUUCAUUCUCAAUGUGUUGGUCACAUUGCCCUUUAACUGCACCCAAACCUUUGUAUCCUGAUGCCUUUGAACUGGGCGGCUUUGGAGAUGGUUUGUUUUCUGGCUGUUGAUGGUUCUUCCAUCCCUUGCUAAUCCCAGUCUCUGUGCCCGAGCAAGCCUUGCCAGUUUCCUGCCCUCACCCGGGUGCAGGGUCUGUCUGGGCCCAUGCUUCAGAACCUGGCCACCUUACUGGGACCUUUAAUGAGAAUUGCCAAUUUCCUAUACCUAGCGUUUUAUUCACUAGUGCUGGGACAAGAAAAGAUUGAGUCUUCCCCCGCCCGCCCUUUGGUAAGCUCUUUUUUUAUAAGUCAUUCUUUUGGUGAUGCAUAAGACAUUGCAGUGGAAAACAAUGAAAUUCGAGUGUAUUGAAGUUUGCUGUCGUAAGCAGAUUUUAACUCAGGAACAACUCUCCUCCGAUCUCUCCACCGCUUGUGACAGGCAAUAUUGCUGUGCCGCCCUCCCUGCCCAGAGCUAACCCCAGCCUGUUCCCUGGAACCAUUAACGUUGCUGUCACGUCCCCGGGACGGAUCUCUUACAGACCUGCCUUAAUGAUUAGAUUGGAGUAUUUCGUAAGAACACUUGUGUUUUUAAUGUCUCUUCCCCCAGAAGGGGGUGGUCGUUGAGAUCCUUGUGUUAAUGCCUUGCCUUUUUUUUUUUCCCUGUGGAUCCAGUAUCUUCCUAGGCUUUUUAGGGAGCAGAAAAAAAUGCAUCUGAGAGCAAUUCUUUUUACAAACCUGCCCUGUUGUAUAUAACUGUACAUUUCACCGUGUAACCUCCCAAGGGGGUGGGAAUUUGAUACAGAGGUUAAAGGGGACACUAUUUACCCAAGGGUUACUCCUUUGCUCUCACCUUUUAUGGAUGAGGAGACGAAGCCAUUUCUUAUCCUAUAGAUGUGAAGCACUUUCGGUUUUAAACGCUGUUGCGAUGUAGCAUCUGAAACCCAUUUCACUGAACUCGGUGACAUCUGUGCUUGUCCACACGCACUGGGCCUCUGGGGCCUGGGAUAGCUGCCCUGGUUUGUGUGGACUUCUUAAUGCCAGCCGUUCUUCACUUCCCGGACAGCCGGGGCGCCCGCUGGCGGCCUGCAGAAACUCCUGCUUCACAUGUCACAGGCGGCCCUGUGGGGCUGGGGUGGGCUGCUACCGUGUUGAUGCUACGUUGUUGUGAUUAUUAAACUGAUUAUUUUUCUUA